AUGAUCAUAACAGUUGACAAUGCUAGCUCUAAUGAUGGGGGUAUUGCUUACAUGAAAAAGCAACUGAAUAGCUCCAAAACUAGUAUAAGUGAAGGCAAAUUUAUUCAUAUGAGGUGUGUUGCUCAUAUUGUCAAUUUGAUAGUUUCUGAUGAGCUAAAGGAAGUAGAUAAUUCGGUUAGGCGUGUGCGUGCUGCUGUUCGAUAUGUCAAGAAUGGUACAUCUAGAUUGGUUAAAUUCAAGGAGUGUGCUGAGUUAGAGGAGGUAGAUAGCAAAGCAUUCUUGACCCUUGAUGUCCCAACUAGGUGGAACUCCGUUCAUCGUAUGUUAAAGGCUGCUAUCAGUUAUGAGAAGGUUUUCGCAAGGUAUGCAGAGGAGGAACUAAACUUUUCUAUUGAUUUGCUUAGCGAGAAAAGUCCUGGAGUACCAGGCACUGGAGUCCCAGAGGAGUUUGAUUGGGAAAAUACAAAAAAGCUAACAGAUUUCCUAGGUCAUUUUGCUGAUCUUACUGUUUGCAUAUCGACCUCACAACAGGUCGCAGUUCACAAUUUUUUCCAUGCGAUUGGAGAGGUGAAUUUGCUGAUUAAAAAUUGGAUGCAAAGUGAUGAUCAGUUGCAGGUUGCAAUGGGCACAAGGAUGAAGGAAAAAUAUGACAAAUAUUGGGGCACUUGGAGGGCCAAGGAGAACAUGAACUUGCUGAUAUUUGUGGCUGUUGCUCUUGACCCAAGUUACAAGUUAUCUGACUACACUCAGCUUGCAAUUGAAGAAAUGUUUGGUGAAGAAACAGGACGGAGAGUGUGGUCUGCUGUCAACACUUGUGUUCGGGACUUGUUUGAAGAGUACAUGGUUUUGUAUGCUCCCAGAACACCAAAUCCUCAAUCAACUGAUGAACGUCUAAGUAAAGAAUCAGGUGGAGGUGGCCAUGCAAGCUUGAUGAAGUCUCUCAUUGCUAAAAAGUUGAAACUAAAUAGCGGGGCGGCGAGUAGCAACAGUAAAUCUGAACUUGAUAAGUACCUAGCAAAAGAUUGUGAAGAUGACGGCAAGAAGCUGGACAUCCUAAAUUGGUGA